AUGACGACCCCCUUCGCGACGCUCGUCGACUCCCCGCCGUGGGAGCUCGUCGCGUUCGUCUCCGCGCUGUUGUUCUACCACGUCGCCGGGUUCGCGAUCGCGGCUCGGUACAACCGAGACUCGCUCUCGCGGCACUCGUGGCUGCUCGGGAAGCCGUACGUGGUCGCGAUGACCACCGCGUGCGCGGAGUACAUCCUCGAGUGCGCGAUGUUCCCGGGGUGGAAGCUCGGCGGCGGCGAGGUCGCGGCGUGGACGAAACGCGUCGGCCUCGUCAUGGUGAUCGCGGGCGACCUGACGAGGAAAGCGGCGGAGAUCACCGCGCGGCACAACUUCACGCACGCGAUACAGACGACGCGACGACCGACGCACACGGUCGUCACGCGCGGGGUGUAUCGAUACGCGCGGCAUCCCGGGUACUUGGGGUGGCUCGUGUGGUCGAUAGGGACGCAGGUGCUGUUGCGGAACCCGGCGUGCGUGGUCGGGUUCGCGAGGGCGGGAUGGCUUUUUUUCGCGACGAGGAUACCGUACGAAGAGGCGAAACUGAGGGCGAUGUUCCCGGGGGAGUACGCCGCGUACGCGGCGCGGACGCGGACGUGGAUCCCGGGGAUCCCGUGA